GCCAGCAGGGAAGGUCUGACCUCGCUGUGCUGGGAGUAGGACGAACUGCUGUCGGACUCCUCGCCUCGAGGUAGCUGGUGUUCUUCAGCCCUCUCCCCGCCCGCCGCUGUCUCUGAAUCUGCAGCUGCUGCCUCCCCACAGCGUGCCCUCCUGCCACUCCAGCAGGUACGGCGCCCAGGUACCUUGUUUUUGCAACAUGGGCUGUGUCUAUGGAAGAUGGUGGUGUCUACAGCUGAGCUGUAUGCUAAUGAUGAACCUAGUCACUGCCAAUUUUGAAAUCCAAAAGCAAGCUCUUGCAAGUAUCAGUUCAGGGAACCUGGAAGAAAUUGACCAUGAGUGUUGGGAGCUUUGCUCCAUGAUGUUGAUAGAAAUGAAGAAACUGAAGGUAGCAGAUACUGUUCCUGGAUUCUGGAAUUUUAUGAUGUUCUUGCAGAAAUCCAACAGGCCCCGCCAUUAUAAUAUCUUCAUCAACUUAGCCCAGGAUUUCUGGAGUAUGUAUGUAGACUGUGCACUGUCAAGGGCUCAUGGAAUGGGAAGAAGACAACUGACAACCCCCCAGGUUUAUUUCGACAUUUCCAUGGAAGAUAGCAGGAAGGUUGGAUCUUACAAAGCAUUGGUUCUGGGAACCUGGGCAAGAAGACUAUUAAAACAUCAAACAGGUUGCUAUUCACAGCAAGAGGACAGCAGGCUUCCUAACAGGCAAACCUGAGCUGUCUGUGUUCUUCUGUAUCUUUUCAUGAGGCCUCAUAGAUUCUGACAGUAUUGAUAGGUGAAAAAGUAGCCCAGAAAUCAUGAAUACCACCCCACCCCCAACCCUUUUUCAAAUACAGGCCAUGACCACUCAUUUUCUUUUAAACCUCUCUGGGUUGAUUUAGCUCUUUGACUUUAAUACCCAACUUCUCUCAGGUAACUCAUGAGUGUUAAGUAUCUUUAUUUUUGUCAUGGCCUUCUUUUAAACGCACCCAUUUGUUGGAUAGAAAACCUUAAGUGCAAUGGAAGUUGGAUGUAUUUUUUUAUACAUUUGCUGAUGAGGCAAAAUGGCAACCAUUCCUUUAUAAAAUAUUGUGUGUCUGAAUAUUCAUUUUAAAAAGAAGGCCAGUAUUCAAUUUUUAAA